AAAAAAUAUCUUUACAACAUAUCAUAAUCCAAAAAACAUAACGAUUCGAAAGAACGAAGCGAAAACAUGGCGCAAGUGCUGUACCUGCGUUUGUCUCUCCCUGCAGAACCCCGAAAAUUCUCACCUUCUUCUUCUUCUUCUUCUUCCGAACCUUCACUGAAGCUUCCACAAAGAACUCGAAGCUCCAACGUAUCCAUUCCUGCCACCGGCAAAGGUGGUUCCAGUCGCUUGCUCAAAACCCAGAAGCUGAAUUCAGAGGUUUCUCCUCACAGAGCUGUCUCAGCUGUGAGAUUGAUGAGGAUAGAGCUUGGUGGUGCUUUUGCUGACCUUCUCAAUGAGAAAGGCAAAGGUUCUGGCGAGAAUGAGAUGGGAUAUGUCCAGAGAACGCUCGGCUUUCGAACCCGGGAAUUGAAUCAUCAUGAUCUUAGAUUGGUUACUGACAUUGUUGGCGGCACAAUUCGUUGGAGAAGAUAUCUUGAUCAUCUGAUCAGUUCACUUUGUCAUGAUAAAGAUAUAUCUAGUAUGGAACCUCUUCUCUUACAGAUUCUAAGAAUAGGAUUCUAUGAGAUUGUCAAAUUAGAUAUGCCGCCAUAUGCUGUUGUAGAUGAGAAUGUUAGGCUUGCCAAAGUUGCGCUUAGACCUGGUGCCGGCAACAUGGUCAACGGAAUCCUCCGAAAGCUAGUUGCACUCAAGGAAGAUGAGGUUCUUCCUUUGCCCAGAGUGGAGGGUGAUGAUCGUGCCCAAGCCCGUGCUCUAGCAACUCUAUACUCACACCCAGUUUGGAUGGUAAGGAGAUGGACAAAAUAUCUUGGCCAGGAAGAAACCAUUAAAUUGAUGAAAUGGAACAACAGUGAACCCAGUUUCAGCUUAAGAGCAAACCAGGCAAGAGGUUUUUCGAGAGAUGACCUUGUGAUGCAGCUUAAUGCAUUGAAGGUCCCAUACAGUGUUUCACCACAUUUGGAUGAAUUUGUUCGCGUCAAAACCGGAUUGCAGACUGUAAUUCAUGCCGGAUUACUCAGAAAAGGGUUAUGUUCAGUUCAAGAUGAAAGUGCAGGUCUGGUAGUCUCUAUUGUGGAUCCUCAGCCGGGUGAAACUGUGAUUGAUUGCUGUGCUGCUCCUGGUGGAAAGACCUUAUACAUGGCCUCUCGUUUAUGUGGCCAAGGUUUGGUAUUUGCAGUUGAUGUAAAUCGUGGCAGAUUGAGGAUUCUCAAAGAGACAGCAAAGUUGCACCAAGUAGACGGCGUUGUUACCACCGUCCACGCCGAUCUUUGCGUGUUGACGGAUGGUGAAGCGCUAAAGAGUAACAAAGUUUUGUUGGAUGCUCCAUGCUCUGGGCUCGGUGUUCUUUCGAAGAGAGCGGAUUUGCGAUGGAACCGGAAGCUGGAAGAUAUGGAAGAGCUGAAGAAAUUACAGGACGAGCUCCUCGACGCGGCGGCCAAAUUGGUAAAACCUGGUGGAGUAUUAGUUUAUAGUACAUGCUCCAUAGAUCCUGAAGAGAAUGAGGAGAGGGUAGCAGCAUUUCUUCUUAGACAUGCGGAAUUUCGCAUUGAUCCUGUGGACAGAUUUGUUCCACCUGAUUUUGUGACGGACAGUGGUUUCUAUUUUUCUAACCCGGUAAAGCAUUCGCUCGAUGGCUCCUUUGCUGCUCGAUUGGUGCGCGCUUCCUAACUGUCCCCCAUUUCGGGUGGCAUUCAAAGGAAAACAGAGCGGCUGAGUUGCUGCGGCCGCGGUCCGUCUCUUUACAAAUCCAGGGCAGACUUUCUGAUUUCUCAUCCAUGAAAAAAAUUUAUAUCCAAGAUGUCUGCAACUUCAGUUUCAUCAGGCUGGUAAUCCUUAACAACAUACUUGCAGUUUUGAAUGGCAAUCCAUGCUUCAAAUUUCCUCCAACAUACUUUCAAAGCAUCAUGAUUUCUAUCCGAGCAGGAAAUUUUUGUAGGGACAAUAAUCAACAUACUUAUGCUGCUUUAGGGAAAUUGAUUGAAGCAAAUUUGAGUAGCUGUUAACAAGUAAAUUUUUUUUUUUCCUAACUGUUAUGCAGCUGUUGUAGCCCACAAUUUUGUAGAUAAUUUCAGGGACAUAUUGAUACAGUGUGUUUUUAUUGUUCAUCACACUUGACACACUUAGAACUUGAAUUGAAUUUGAGACAAUUUUUUUUUUAUUUUU